AUGGCUCCCUGGCCGCACGGGAACAGCUCCCUGGCCCCGUGGCCAGAUGUCCCCACCCAGGCGCCCAAUACUGCCAACGCGAGCGGGGUGCCGUGGGCGGUGGCUGGCGGGGCGCUGUUGGCGCUGGCGGUGCUGGCCACCGUUGGGGGCAACCUGCUGGUAACCGUGGCCAUCGCCCGGACGCCGAAACUCCAGACCAUGACCGACGUGUUCGUGACUUCGCUGGCCACAGCCGAGCUGGUGGUGGUGCUCCUGGUAGUGCCGCCGGGGGCCGCGUUGGCGCUGACCGGCCACUGGCCCCUGGGCGCCACCGGCUGCGAGCUGUGGACCUCGGUGGACGUGCUGUGUGUGACCGCCAGCAUGGAAACCCUGUGCGCCCUGGCGGUGGACCGCUACCUGGCCGUGACCGACCCGCUGCGCUACGGCGCGCUGGUCACCAAACGCCGAGCCCGGGCAGCAGUGGUCCCGGUGUGGGUCGUGUCCGCCGCGGUGUCGUUUGCGCCCAUCAUGAGCAAAUGGUGGCGCGUCGGGGCCGACGCCGAGGCGCAGCGCUGCCACUCCAAACCGCGCUGCUGCGCCUUCGCCUCCAACAUGCCCUACGCGCCGCUCUCUUCCUCCGUCUCCUUCUACCUUCCGCUCCUGGUGAUGCUCUUCGUCUACGCGCGAGUUUUCGCGGUGGCUACGCGCCAGCUGCGCUUGCUGCGCCGGGGGCUGGGCCGCUUCCCGCCGGAGGAGUCUCCGCGGGCUCCGUCUUGCUCCCUGGACCCCGCCCCGGCGGGGCCGUGCGCCUGGCCCGCAGGGGUGCCCUCCCACGGCCGGCGGCCGGCGCGCCUUCUGCCUCUGCGGGAACACCGCGCCCUGCUCACCUUGGGGCUCAUCAUGGGAACCUUCACUCUCUGCUGGUUGCCCUUCUUUGUAGUCAACGUGCUGCGCGCCCUCGGGAGCCCGUCUCUAGUGCCCGGCCCGGCUUUCCUCGCCCUUAACUGGCUAGGCUAUGCCAAAUCUGCCUUCAGCCCGCUCAUCUACUGCCGCAGCCCCGACUUUCGCAGCGCCUUCCGCCGCCUGCUGGGCCGCUGCCGCCCCGAGGAGCACCUCGCCGCCGCCUCCCCGCCCCGCGCCCCUUCCGGCGCCCCCGCGGCCCUGACCAGCCCCGCAGAAUCCAGGCAGCGCCCACCGCUCGACUGUAUUCCCGUAGCCCUGGAGAAUGGCUACCGCGGAGACAGUGAGUGGUGGGGUUCUGUUGCUCUGGUGACCAGUUGUCCAGACCCUCUGCGUUGGAGUUGCCAAGGUUCUGGGAAGAGGCUGGUCUGUCGGAUCCAGACUUGGAGGAAUGCUGCAGAGCGGAAGCCUUCGAGAGCGGAAGCAUAG